GUCACAGGCUUAACCGCCGUCCAGAUUCCCCAGAUGUUUCGUACAAGUUUGUGAUGCGGACAAAAUGCUCUCUGCUUGCAGCACCACUGACCACUCUGAAAUAUAUAUCUCCUGUUUUACCUCAUCAGAACAAACAUGUGUCUUCAUUCAUUUCUGAUGUUGCUUACUCUUAAAGUGUGUAUUCCUAAGGUGGGGGUGUGUAUGGUGGUACAUUGAAUGCGACAUUGUCUGAGCAUGGAUUGAAUAGUGAGGGCGAAAGAGAGUUUAGGUUGGGGGGGUAGGGGGCAGACUUGGCCAGGGCCAUGCGGUGCACACUCUCUCUCUCUCUCUCUCUCUCUCUCUCUCUCUCUCUCUCUCUCGCUGCUUGAACAGAACACACAGCUAAGCUCAGUGCCAGUGGUAUGAGGAGACUGCAAUUACUCGCUCUCUUUCUCUUUCUUCCGUACCCUCCCUCCUUCCCUUCCCCUCCUUCCCUCGCCUCUCUUUUGGCUCUGUUUUUCCACCCGUUCUGUUGUAUAACAGGGGAGAAUUUGGCUCUGCCCACGGGGGUGUUGUUAAUCAGAGAGAUGGGGGAAGGGAGGGUUGGUAGGUCGUAAGUCUGACAGGGAGAUGGGGAGGGAGUGUGUGUGUGUGUGAGAGAGAGUGUGUGUGAGGUGGGGAUAGAACGCGAAGGAUGGGGGGCAGGGCAGGAGUGCUCUCAGCUCCUUGCUUUGGAUAAACAUUCUGCAAGAUGGUGAACUCUUUUCGAGUGUGCUGCACCAACCCCCCAUCCCCAAUUCUAAAGAAUGCCUGCUUAGGGGUUUUGACAGUGCCUUAUUUCGACAUCGCCCCGUCUGUGAAUAUGAAUAGGUGUUAAAGGGCCCAUCUAACCACCUCUUCCCAUUACACAAGCCUGUUUUCUGGAUGGUAGAUAACAGUACUAGCAUUUGAAAAUAGUAUUUGUCAUAUUUUAACAUUUCAUUUAAUUGUUUUUAGGUUUGUUUCCUGUAAUGGCAUGUGCAGGCAUGUUAGACCUAGAAGAAAAUGAAUCGGAGAAAAAAGUGGUUGUUCUGUCAAAAAUGUAGUUCAGCAUAAUACUUGGAAAUACUGCUGAUGUAAGCAAAACAUCGAGUCCAUGGCACUCACCGAAACCGCAUACGUCGGUGAAAUUGUUGUUGGAGCUUCAGGCGUGUAAUAUAAUACCGAGAGAAGAUGCGUCCAUUUGACACUGCAUGUAUACCGUGGAAGAAGUGGGCAGUGUGGUGUGUGCGCGCGCUUGCUCGUGUCUUUGCGCGCGGGCUCGCCUGCUGGAGUCUUCUCGGGUGUGUGUGUGUUUUCUGUGUGAAACGUGGUCAACGUUUUGCGUGUUGGUCGGUCCAUUCAAAAGAUUGGAAGGGAGUGGUUGGAGCAUGCGCUCUAGGAGAGCAACAAGUGGCAUGUCAGAAAGGAACUGCGGAACGUGGUGCCUACGUCAUUGCUUCAACCAGGUGGCAUUCCGAGGGGAGAGAGGAGACGUGGAGGCACAAUCAAAAUUUCAACUCAGAGAGGAACAGAAUGUGAGGCGUGCGUAAUGUAGGGGAAAAAACAAUCAUUCAAACCCUAUUCAGCACCUGCGCUUAUUGCACGCGUUCGAAGAGAAACGAGAACACAGGUUGUCUUUGUGUAAAGAGGCAUCUGACUUGGAGAGCGGGCUUUCCUUGAGAAUAACGUGGAUAGAGGAUUCACGAGAGGAGCAUUCAACAUGUCUUCUGCACAAGUCUCCUCGUCGAGGAGGCAGUCGUGUUAUCUGUGUGAUUUGCCCCGCAUGCCCUGGGCAAUGAUUUGGGAUUUUACGGAGGCCGUCUGCAGAGGUUGCGUAAAUUAUGAAGGCGCUGAUCGGAUCGAGUUUGUUAUUGAGACGGCGCGGCAUCUCAAGCGAGCUCAUGGCUUCCAGGAGGGGAGAUCCCCGGGACCCGCGCCACCGCCUUCGGUCAAGGCUCAAACGGCAAUGUCAGCUAAGGAGACGGUGCAGCUGAACCAUGUGGAUGCAUCCUCAAAACAGCAAGCAAGCAUGGAUCGCUAUUCUCUGAACUCUGAGCGGUCCCGGUUCGACUACUCCGCCAUAAGCAGCCACACAGGACGACUUCCGAAUGGGCUGAGUGGACCUAAUGGCUUUCCAAAACAAGACGACGGGCCUCCAGAACUCAACAGGCAGAGCCCGAACUCACGCCGGAACCACGGGCUUGUGGCGGUCCCCAGUCAGAUGAAUGUGCCUCCCAACCUGCUCCCGCAGACCAUGCUGAACGGACCCCCCUCGGCUGCGGCCAUAGCCCAGCACAACCUCGCCAGCAGAGCCCCACCACCAUCCAGCAUCGGGACCGCGCUCUCUAUGACAUCCCAGUCCAUGUCGGAACAAAGCAGACGACCUGGCUCGGUCUCCAGCACGGACCAAGAGAGAGAACUGAAAGAGAAGCAGCGCAACGCAGAGGCUUUGGCCGAACUUAGCGAAAGUUUGAGAAACCGAGCCGAAGAAUGGGCUAACAAACCUAAGAUAGUGCGUGAGACUUUGAUCACACUCUCCAACAGCACCCCUUUUGAUGUUAGGUUCAAAAAGGACCACUCACUCCUCGGUAGGGUGUUUGCAUUCGAUGCCGUCUCCAAACCCGGUAUGGACUAUGAGCUCAAAAUAUUCAUUGAAUACCCCACUGGAUCUGGUAACGUGUUCUCAAGUGCAUCUGGAGUGGCCAAACAGAUGUACCAGGACUGCAUGAAAGACUUUGGCAGGGGGCUGUCUUCGGGCUUCAAGUACCUGGAGUAUGAGAAAAAACAUGGUUCAGGUGACUGGCGACUGCUGGGUGAUUUGUUGCCCGAGUCUGUGCGUUUUUUCAAGGAGGGUCUGGGUGCUGAAAUGCUGCCUCAAGCCUACAUAGAUGCUAGCUGCCCUCUGCUACCCUCUGCACUGGUAAACAUCCCCCGCGCCUUGCCAUCAGCAAGUGCGCCCAGGACAGGCAUGCGUAAGCGUAAAGCAUCCCCAGAGCCAGACUCUGCCGAGGGAGCUCUGAAAAUGAACGACGAGCAGCAGAGGCAACAGUGGAUGGCUAGCCAGAGUGAAGCUAUGAAGCUGACCAUGGCUUCCGGAUCAUUCACUGCCUCUCAUGGCGGACCACCACCCCUUGGACCGGGGCACUCAGUUCACUCCAGCCGGGCGACACCACCCGAAUCCGCCCCUCAGAACGGACAGUCACCCAUGGCUGCGCUCAUGUCAGUCGCAGACACGUUAGGUAAUGCGCACUCUCCAAAGGACAACAACUCUGUGCAUUCCACCACGUCUACUAGACACAACAGUAGUAGCCCAGUGUCCCCAGCCUCUGUCUCGGGGCAACGUCGCUUGGCAUCCCGCAACGGGGACAUGAACAUAGCCGGGGCACCCUCUCAAUCCAGUGCCCACCCUGGCAUGGAGCAGGUCCACCCUCAAAACAUUCCAGAUUCACCCAUGGCGAAUAACGGACCACUGUGUUGUACAAUUUGUCACGAACGCUUAGAAGACACCCACUUUGUUCAGUGCCCGUCCGUCCCCAACCAUAAAUUCUGUUUCCCUUGCUCGCGAGAGAGCAUCAAAGCACAGGGAGCAACUGGCGAGGUGUAUUGCCCCAGUGGAGAGAAAUGCCCCCUGGUAGGUUCCAAUGUGCCUUGGGCUUUCAUGCAAGGUGAGAUAGCAACCAUUUUGGCCGGGGACGUGAAGGUAAAAAAAGAGCGUGACCCAUAAAUAGGCUUCUACUUCCUUCUCAGAAACGUGAAUUGAGUCGAGUAUAUUAUUACAUGUUGUGAAUAUUCAAACUGACGAAAAAUAAGUCCAGUGUACAGAGGCAUUUCUUUCCUCCAUGUAUUUCAGUGUUUUGAAACAAAGGUACAGUAGGGGUAUGUGAUGUCACAGCUAAUUUGAAGGCGGAGGUUGUGUUGGUGAAUAAUGUUGACUGGGUAAUGUUACUGCAUAGCGUAUGUUUUGACGGCAGUGUGUCUAGGUACGGAGUGAAAGCACUUUUGCAAUCACCGCUGCAGAUUAUCGUUAUCCUACUCUCCCGUUUUUCGUUUAGUUUUACUCAGUAUCAUGCACUUCUCUUUAUAGAUGAAUCACAACUUCACACGUGUGUAAAACUAUUAACUUAACAAACAAACGAAUCCAGUCAAUGGUGACAGAAAAAAAUGACACAAGCAACGUUCGUCAAAUUUUCAUUUUGUUCACCAGACGAACAGGGAACAUUGUUUAUGUUGAUUUGAAUUCUUCAUAUUUUGAUAUGUUAUUUACUAAGGCGAUGUUUCAUUUUUAUCUUGUGGUCUGAAAAAAUCAACUAUAUUUUACUACGUGUUUUUUUCAUUAUCUCCUUUCUUUUUGCUUUGAUGAUGAUGCACGGAUGCGUAAAGGUAGAGCUAAAAUACUGUACAUGAACGUAAAAAGCUCUGUUUGUUUAUACAUUUCUGUAGUUAACAGAAUACUUGUAAUGUGCCUUGGAGCUGAGUAAAUUGUAAUAAAUUCAUUGAUAUCA